AUGCACAGAUUGAAGAACGAUAUCAUCGCUAUGGAAACUAAACUCGGCUGGACUUUAAUAGGAAAAGUCCCCGACGAGCGACAAGAAGACACUGCCUUGAUGAUCUCCGCGAUUUUCUCCUCAGAAGCAAGUCCAGAAAACAUGUGGAGUCUCGACGUUCUCGGCAUCGAAGAUCCAAUUCAAAAGUUAUCAAAAGAAGAACACCACAGAGAAAUUCUGAUAAAAUUUCAAGAAACUACUAAGAUCAAUUCGGCAGGGAAGUAUGAAGUGAUCCUUCUCUGGAAGGAGAACCACCCUCCACUCUAUGAAAAUCGAGAAGUAGCAGAGAAAAGACUAGAGAACACCCUAAAGAGGUUACGCGAUCAAAAUUUACUUUAUGAAUACGAGAAAAUCUUCGAUGAGUGGUUGAAAGAAGACAUCAUAGAAGUAGUUCCGGAAGCAGAAACGAGUAAUUCAAGCUUCUACUUACCACAUCGACCCUUUAUCAAGGAAGGAAGUACAACUCGUAUUCGACCGGUCUUCGAUGCAUCAGUUCAAGGAAAAGAUCAACCAUCUCUAAACCAGUGCCUAGAAACCGGACCAAACCUUAUAGAACUCAUUCCAUCGCUGCUCUCACGAUUUAGAGAGAACAAGAUUGGCCUUAUUGCUGAUAUACGGAAAGCAUUUUUACAAAUCAGCGUAGCAUCCAAGAAGCGCGACGUCAUGAGAUUCUUGUGGAAAAGAUCGCAAGGCCCGGACGAGUUUGUAAUAUAUCGACAUUGUCGAGUAGUCUUUGGAAUCGCCAGCAACCCUUUUUUACUAGGGGCUACUAUUGAUCUUCAUUUAAAACAAACAUUAAAAGAAGCCGAAGGUACCCACGAGAAGAGCAUCAUCCAGUACGAGAAGAGCAUCAUCCAAAAAUUGAAACGGUCCUUCUACGUGGACAAUUGUGUUACCAGCACUCAUUCUGAAGAAGAAGCGAUAUUAUUUAAAGAGAAAGCAACUUCAAUUCUGGCUAAAGGUGGCUUCGACUUAAGAGGGUGGCAAUAUUCGAACAAACUAGGUCCCAACAAGGAGAUUCCAGUACUGGGACUGUUUUGGAACGUCAGAGAAGACAUGUUGAUGUUAUCGCCUACAACAUUGUCACAGAAAACUCCAGUCAAGGUUACAAAACGAGAAAUUCUAUCAUUUACACAAAAAAUAUUUGACCCUCUUGGAGUAACAUGCCCAGUACAAUUCAAGCCUAAAUUGCUCCUUAAGAGAUUGUGGAACAAGAAUACCGACUGGGAUGUAGAAGUCGAGAACAACGACAAAGAAGCCUUCCAGCAAUGGCAACAAGAGUUAGAACAUUUACGUCACCUGAAGAUCCCAAGAUGGGCCUUAAAGAAUAGCGAAACCUUAUCCCUACAUCUUUUUGUAGAUGCAAGUCAGACAGCUUAUGGGGCGGUAAUCUUCGCUAGAAUCGAGCACAACAGCGAGAUAGAAGUGCACUUCAUACAAGCCAAAUCCCGAAUAGCUCCGAAAGAAAAAGCAACAAUCCCAAGAUUGGAACUAUUAAGCGCCUCGAUAGGAGCCAGGUUAAUGAACAACGUGGCCAAUGCCUUGAACAAUUCAGAGAUCAAACAAUACAGUUGGACGGAUUCGUCGACGGUCUUGGCAUGGAUACAGAGAGAGACACAAUGA